AUGGAGCAAUUGACUUUAUCUGAUAUAUACAUGGCCAAACUGAGAAUUAAAAAGUUCUUUCAGACUACACCGUGUGAGAUAACUAGGUUUGGUGUUGAUUAUGGAAUAGAAGUCUUUCUCAAGGAGGAGAAUCGAUCAUCAACAGGGAGUUACUUUGACAGAGCAGUGCUAAACUCUCUUCUAACUUUACCCGAGAUAACUAGGUUUGGUGUUGAUUAUGGAAUAGAAGUCUUUCUCAAGGAGGAGAAUCGAUCAUCAACAGGGAGUUACUUUGACAGAGCAGUGCUAAACUCUCUUCUAACUUUACCCGAGGAGGCUCAAAGCGUAGCAAUACAUGCUCUCAAAUUGCGACAGAAUAAUACGCGGCAUUGCCUUCUGAACUUUUCACUUUUCCUCUCUUUUGCGAGCGGUGAGCCGUUCAGAAGGCCUCGACAUCAAGGCGAGAUUACUGUGCUCUGUCACCUCACGGCUGCUGAAGAAAUAAAAAUUUUUUUGAGCCUACGAGAACUUUUUUUAUGCUCACAGGAUCAGCGGCGGCGUGGUGUCAUCACAGCUUCAGAAUGCAGGACCUUCAUACGAGCCCUUUUCUGUUAUGGCCCUAAACUGGGCGUACCAGUGAACCUUGUAGUUCCAUAUGGAAGUGCAAUUCACAGGCAAAUGUGGAGUCAACCUGGUAAAAUCAUUGUGAGCUGUGGAAAAGAUAUCAAUGAGGUAAUUGAAGUCAAACCUAUCAACGAAAUUGAAAUAAACCUAUUCAAUCAGUUUAGACUUUCCAGUUAUUUGAUCAUAUUCAUAUUUCUGCUUGUUUAUCGUAGUGACCACAGUCAUACCAUGCUGGCUGGCCUGGGUACCCUGGGGUUCGAAAUCCUGGAGCAGUGCGAUUGCCACUUAGACUCUGUUGUCGUGCCUGCUAGUGACAAAACUCUUCUGAAAGCCCUAAGAUAUUCUAUAAAGAGUAUUUUCCCUCAUAUCAAGAUCAUAGUAAGUGACGUUAAUCGUGAUUUCAGUAGACCUGGAGAUUUUGUAGGUUAACUCUCAUUGUCUUCUGACGUCGUUAAUAUUUUAACAUAGGUUGCUCAAGUCACAGACAAAGAACUUACAAGAGGUUAGAUAUUGACA